AUGCCUCCAAGCACAAUUUCAGAUAUCACCCUUUCUUAUGCGCACAGAACUGUAGCCAUGAGGAGGGAGGCCACUGAAUUGAGAAGGACUUUGAAGCCUUUGUUGGAAAAGAGAAGGCGAGCGCGUAUCAACGAAAGCCUAAGCCAACUGAAAACCCUCAUUCUUCCGUUGAUGGGCAAAGAUAACUGUCGCUACUCCAAGCUCGAGAAAGCAGACAUUCUGGAGAUGACCGUUAGAUUCCUCACAGAAACUCCUGUUACCCGAACUAAAGGUACAGAUCAGAAUUUCAAAGACGGGUACAAGGCAUGUCUUCAGCGCGUAUCUACUCUAGUCCAGCAAGCCAACCUAGACGAAGACGUACAUCAGCAGAUCAACGACUUCAUUCAGCAGUCGGUGGUUUCUGCGACCCCAGUCUGUCAAAACUGCUGUGCUCAAAGCUCCAGGUUGUUUCCACAAUUGCAGCAAAGACUCUUAAACCUGAAAUCUACGGGCUUCCAAACCGAAAACCAUAGAGACAUUCCUAUCCGACCAAUUCCAAACCGAGCAGCUUUGCCAUACAGCGCCAACAUGUGGAGACCAUGGUAG